CGCAAAAAGUGAAAUUUAAAGGCCUCAGAUUUAGAACGGACUUUAGAAGUCAGAACGGGGUGGAAGCAACCAGCCUGGGUCUGGUGCUGAAUUUUGCAGACGGUUAUCGCGGUACUGGCGAUUGAACCCAGGACAUUUGCGUUCUUAUUUUGAAACAAGGUCUUUUUUUUUUUUUUUUUUUAAAGCCAGUCAAAUUUAGCAGUGUGUGGGGGGUUGGUAUACCAACUUUAGGGACACUAAUGUUAAUAAGUUCUGAUAAAAACAAGGUCUUUCAAAGUCACCAAGUUGCCCAAUCUUGGUUUGAAUUUGGAAUCUUCUGCCUUAGCCUCCCAGAAUACUGCGAUUACAGGUGUCAGCCACAACCCUCGGCCUUUUGGAACUUUUCAUACCAUUUUCCUCUGGCAAAAGUUUCAACUACUCUCUUCCCCUAAAUGAAAGCCAUCAGUUUGAGGAUUCUAACCUUUAAUACUUUCCCAAAAGAGGGGCUAGGAUAAACCUCUCAGGGCACCCUGGAGAGCGCCUUUGAGGGAAAUGAAAGGGUUUGGCAGCUUCAUUUACUGUGUGAUCUUUGGCAGUGAGGAGCUUUUGUCUAGGGAAGACUAGUCUAGCUGCCACUUCCACCGUGUAGGAACAGUGUGUGUGAAAUGUAACGGAAAUGCCAUCCCCAAACCAAGGUUUGGAGGCAGCAGCAAGUGACAACCAGCACGGUGUCACUUAAGAUGGAGCUGUUUCUCCUUGUAUGGAUUCCAGAGCAAGUGAACGUACUAGUUGCACAGUGCAAAACUAUUUAAUCGCUCCACUUGGGGAGAAUGGGAAUUAUUUUACCAGAGUCAUAACCUGCCUACGUAUGAGCAGAAACACAUCCCAUAGAUCUGCAUAAAGUUGUUUUUAGUUGCCAAAGGAAGACAGUAAAAGGGAGAACUGUCAGUAUGGGCGCACAUAGAGUAUGUGAUGCAAACUAAGACAGUUGUAUCACUGGACGAUACAGUCUGUGGGAUGACUCUUGUCUAUGCAGUGUUCUUAUUGGCUGAAAUACCGUCAUGCUGCACAUCUUUGUGUGUAUUUCAGCUGUCUAGUCACAAGUCAGUAGUCACUAAUUACAAAAUAUCAGAAGGCCACACCUUCAAAACUAGGUUAUAGUUGGAAGAACAAUAGUUUAGACUGAUUUAGAAAUGAUUGCAUUAAUCAGACUUAAUUUCAUUAUCUUUAUAUCCUAAAUUUUCACCUUUUGGUACUUUGCUUCAUUUUUGUGUAUUGACGAAAAUAAUGAAAGAAAUUAUAUGUUAUUGUUUUUAACCCACAGGAAAAAUAAUCCAAUUGUCAAGCAGCCCUAGUUACUGAAUAUUUAUUAGGUUAAAACUGCUAGGGUAGCAGUUCAAGCAGAAAAUUUUCCAGAAGUUUCUAGCUGCAUAGAGGACAUGUUAUCAUUGGUGGCUGUGCCCUGAGGUGGGGACAUGAAGGAUAAAAGUUAAUUCUCUUCCUCUUUAUGUGUUGUACUUUAUGUUUAUGACUUUUUGGUCAUUUGCUGAAAGAGGAUUUGGGUUUUCAUUUGCUUCUGGCUGCAGAAUUUACUAGCUUGUGUGUGUGUGUGUGUGUGUGUGUGUGUGUGUGUGAUUCAUCCUUUUAAGAAUUUGGUGGGGCUGGAGACUUAGCUUAGUGGUAUAAGUGCUUUCCUGGCAAGCUCAAGAUUGAGAGUUCGCUCUCUCCUCCCACUGUACUUACCCCCAAAGAGAAAAGAAAAACAGAAAUUAGUGAAAACUGGAUGUGGUGGCACACACCUGUAAUCCUAGCCCCCUGGAAGGCUGAGGCAGGAGAAUCACCAUGAGUUUGAGGCCAGACUGGGUUACAUAACAAGUCCAAGACCAGCCUGGAUUGCAUAGCAAGACCCUGGUUUUUUGUUUAUUUGUUUGUUUUGGAAGACCCUGUUUUUAAAAAAUAAAACCAGGGCUGGAGAUUUAGCUCAGUGGCAUACACGCCUGUCUGGUGAGUGCCAAACCAAAAGAUCAGCAGGAAAAAAAAAAAAACCUAGACAAAACAAAACAAAAGAAUUUGGUGACAGCCAUGAAUCUCUGAUGUAUAUGCAUAUAUGCACAAAACUUUUCUCUUCCCUUCCCUUCCCUUCUCUUCCCUUCCCUUCCCUUCCCUUCUGGUCCUUUCCUUUCUCCUUCCUUCCUUUCCUGGGGAUUGAACUCAGGGCCUUUAUUGAACUACAGCUAUAGCUAUUUUGUUGUUAUUGUUUUUUGAGACACUAUCUCUUAUGUAGUUUGGGCUGGCCUUGAACUCAGUAUGUAUACCAGACUGGCCUCUAACUUACAGAAAUCUACUUGCCUCAGCCUUCCAAGUGCUGGGAUUACAGGUGUGUGCCACCAUGAUAUCCACAACCAUUGUUAUUUUAUAAUUUGAGACAGGGUCUUGCUAAAUUGCCCCGGCUGGGUUCAAACUCUCAAUCCUCCUACUUUAGACUGUCAGAGAGCUGGGAUUAUAGGUGUGCACCACCGUGCCUGGUGAAAUAUAUAUAUAUAUAUAUAUAUAUAUAUAUACAUACAUAUACACAUAUAUAUAUAUACGUAUAUAUAUUCAUAUAUAUAUUCUAUUUUCUCCUUUCCUCCCUCUCCUCCCCUCCCUUUCCUUUCCCUCAUUACUAGAGGUUAAAUGGUUAAAUCCAGGGUAUUAACACUAAUCUAUAUCACCAGCUCUUUUAUCUUUUAUUUUGAGAUGUAGUCUAAAUUGCCUGGGCUAGGCUCAAAUUUCUGAUCCUUUUGUUUCAGCCUCCCAGAGUACUGGGAUGCACCUCCAUGUGCGCAGCCAAAAAAGAGAUACUUUAUUAUUUUUGUUUGUUUGUUUGUUUUGUCUUUUUUUCCUCUCUCUGUUUUUGUUUUUGUUUUUUGAGACAGGGUUUUGAUGUGUGGUUUACGCUGGCCUUGAGCUCACUUUGUAGCCCACGCUGGUAUCAAACUUGCAACAAUCCUCCUGCCUCAGCCUGCCAAGUGCUGGGAUUACAGACCUGUGCCAACACACUAGGCUAAGAGAUGGAGGAACUAGAACAAGGCCUGUUGGUGCAGCCAUGGGCAUGGCUGCAGCUCCCUGAGAACUCCCUCCUGGCCAAGGCUUAUGUCACCAAGCAGGGCUAUGCCUUGCUGCUUUCAGAUCUUCAACAGGUGUGGCACGAACGGAUGGAUACUGGUGAGGUGAGCCAGCGAGCCAAGGAGCUGAACAAGCGCCUGACCGCACCCUCUGCAGCUUUCCUCUCUCAUUUGGAUAAUCUGCUUCGUCCUUUGUUGAAAGAUGGUAUCCAGCCUGACGAAGCUGCCUUCUCCUGUGAGCGUGUGGCAGAGGCACUGAUCCUCCGGGUGCGGAGCGAGCUCUCCGGUCUCCCCUUCUAUUGGCACUUCCACUGCAGCCUGGCUAGUCCUUCCGUGGUCUCCCAACAUUUGAUCCGUCCUCUGAUGGGCAUGAGUCUGGCAUUGCAGUGCCAGGUGAGGGAGCUAGCAACAUUGCUUCGGAUGAAAGAUCUAGAGAUCCAGGACUACCAGGAGAGUGGGGCUACACUGAGCAGAGGUCGGUUGAAGACUGAGCCAUUUGAAGAAAAUUGUUUCUUGGACAAAUUUUUGGUAGAGAAACUACCAGAGGCAUGCGACGUCGGCGAUGGAAAGUCCUUUGUCAUCAGUCUGCAGAGUCUGUAUGUGGCAGUCACCAAACAGGAACUCCAAGUGGGACAGAAGCAUCAAGGAGCUGGAGGUCCUGAGGCCUCAAGCAGCGCCUCCCAUGGAGGAACUGAUAGCCAGCUUCUGAGCCAGUCAGCACAGCCGGGCUCCUCAGAAGUGUCUUCCUCAGCGCCCGAGACAGGACCCACGGGUACUGCAGGCCUUACGCAGAGACCUCAGAUCUCAAAGGCCAAGCGGAAGAAGCCAAGGGGGCUCUUCAGUUAGGCUGUCACGGUCUCAGCGGCUGGAAUGGACCAGAGGAGCUUCUAGGCGUUGCUGGGAAAGGAGCUGUGGGAUGAGUGUCUCUCAGGCAGACUCAGGGUCAGAGGCCACAGUUGGGGCAAGAGGACAAAGUUCAUGUCAACAGGCCACAGAACGGGACAGUUAACCAAGCAAAGCUCGGUUCCAGCCAACCUGGCCUUCCCUGUUUGGGCAGAAGCCCGUCUCCAGGAGUCUCAUACUUUCCUCGCUUUUGGUGGAGGUUCUUCAGACCCAGGACCCUACCUCAGUGUACCUUUGGUGUAUACAGCCAGUCUGCAAACAAGUACAACGCGCUCGGGAAGCCUUGCCUGCCUUUCUUUAGUUCCUAGUCAGUCCCGGAUGCUCCUGGAGACCUACGUGUCUCCCUGGCACAGAAUAAAACCACUUACAGUGCCUGCCUUCAA